AUGGUGACCUGUCAAAAGUGGUUGGCGCUGCUGCUGAGCGUGCAGUUGCUAGUGGUGGGAAUUCUCGCAAUCCCAUCGGUGCCGAGCAAAGUGGAUCCUGCGCAACGUAAUGAUGAUGAUGGUUCGGUGACGCCGCUCGACUCCGACACCGGUGACGAUCGCGAGCUGAAGAGCGACGAUGACGGGUACGAUUUUCUCUCGAUCGAUCAGCUGUUCCUGAACAAUCCACAGUACCGGCAGCUGAUCAGCGAUCUUCAGGCGCACACCUUCGGUAGUAACUGGCGCCGGAAGCGAGAUGUGUCGGAGAAUGAGCUCCCUGAGGCGUUGCGCAGUGAGGAGGCGCAAAGUUCACCCCGGACCUCCACGGUAGCGUCGUCGACGACGACUUCCACCGUGACAUCGACCACGACGACAACAACGUUGGGCUCGAGUACGUCCACCGAAGCGCUCACGAGUGAAGUGGCGACCAACCGAGACAUCACUUCCGCGGCGCCUUCAUCCGAUCUGCCCCGUGCCGAGGCGUUGACCAGCACCCCGACAAAGUCUGAAGCCACCAAGCCUUCCACCACAAGCGCGGCUACCAGCAGCACAACGGCGUCGACUUCCACCCCCAUCCGUGGAUCGACCGUCUCGACGAGCGCCUCCUACGGGUCGUCCGGUUCGACGGAAGUCCCAACGGCACGGAACGCGACCCUCGAGAUGACGACGGCCGCCGCACCGAUUCGAGCGAGCACCCCUCGACGUCUGUCGCACAAAAACGGCUCCAACAAAAACAAGAACAAGCUAUCGGCGGCUGCUGCUGCUGCACAGGCCCAGGCGGCCAACAAGCCGACCACCAAUGCUGGCGUUGGACCGAGCACGAUCAACGUAAACAAGGUCAGUGUCAGCAGCAAUGCCGUCGCAAGCAGUAGCAACGGCAACGGCAACACCGGCGGCAGUGGCAUCAAUGGCCCUCAGCAGACUCCACCGGCGGUAUCGAUUCCGGCUCCAGAAAAUGGCACCGCCUCCGGACCGGCUGGGAACAACAAAGACAAGGACCGGGGCAAACCGGGCGUGUCCGUUGCCCCGCGAGCCGAUAAAUCUUCUCCCGGAUCCUCUAUCUAUGAGGCGAGCGUGCACCGAAAGGAACACAUCAAUCACCAUGAUCUAUCGGUCGGUUUGAUCGGCGGUCCGGGUCACUUGAACAAGUCCGAUUUCUUGUCCGAGCGCCGCUACUUCGCGAGACAAAAGAAAUCGCUCGAUCUUACGAUCAAUGGCCAGGUUGUCCAGGUUCGCGGUGAUAUAUCUUUCCCCUACCUCUUCCUCUACCCGCUUCCGAGGUGGAAAAGGUAA